AUGUCAGCUGAUGAUUCAGUCCCCGGAUCAGUUCCAAUUCCCGGAUCUCCCGAGAGAACCCGCUCAGCUUCCCCACCCGGGUCUCCCAACUUCUCCGGAAAAUGGAGACUGAAGGAGUCCGAGAACUUUGAUCCCUUCAUGGUUGACUGCAACGUUGGGUACCUGAAACGAACGGCCGCCGGGAUUGUCAGCUCGGAACACCACAUUGAACAGGAGGGAGAACACAUGAAGGUGGUGGUGAAAGCAGCUGGGUUAGGAUCCGGCAAACACCAAGAGUACGAUGUCGGGGGGACUUUCUCCGAGGUGGAGAUUAAUGGAGAGAGCGCUGAAGUGGAUACAACAUGGGUGGAUGAAGGAAUCAGGGAGUUGCACAGAACGGAGAGUUUUGAGUAUCUUCUUGUCAGACAGCUGGUGGAUGACGAUACCAUGGUCCUCAAUUUGGAGUCUCCAAAGGGGACGGAAGCUAAGCGAAUUUACAAGCGGAUAGAAUAA